AAAACAUCAUUUAGACAACUCUUAACAUGUCUAGCUUUACUUCUUCUCUCUUUAUACCCUCUGAUUCCUUACAACCAAUUUUCUCUUGUUCCUUUUUCACCUCUAGUUUUGAUAAAGUUUCUUGCUUUUCUACUUCAAGAACAAACCCCAUCAGAUUAAUUUCCAAAAAGAUCACUUUUUUACAGUGUGAAAAGAGUUUUAGAAGAAAACCCUUCAAGAACAGAGUUUUAAUUAGUAGUAAGAUGACAAUUACUGAGUACAGAGAUGAAGAAGAGUAUCCUCCUCUUUUACUUGAAUCUGAGAUGAAAGAGCCUAGGCGUAUUGCUCUCUUUGUUGAGCCUUCUCCUUUUUCGUAUGUUUCUGGAUAUAAGAACAGGUUCCAAAAUUUUAUAAAGUACCUCCGAGAAAUGGGGGAUGAGGUUAUGGUUGUGACAACACAUGAAGGAGUACCCGAAGAAUUUUAUGGGGCAAAGUUGAUAGGAUCACGGAGUUUUCCCUGCCCCUGCUACGCGAAAGUACCUCUCUCACUUGCUCUCAGCCCUAGAAUUAUCUCAGAGGUAGCACAGUUCAAGCCUGAUAUCAUACAUGCAUCAUCUCCUGGUAUAAUGGUAUUUGGUGCUCUUAUCAUUGCAAAACUUCUAUCUGUGCCGAUUGUAAUGUCUUACCACACACAUGUGCCAGUGUACAUACCGAGAUACACCUUUAGUUGGCUGGUUCAACCAAUGUGGAUGGUUAUAAAGUUUCUACAUAGAGCGGCUGAUCUUACACUGGUGCCAUCUGCUGCUAUUGCAAAGGAUCUGGAAGCUUAUAAGGUAACAUCAGCAAACAAAAUACGUGUGUGGAACAAGGGUGUUGAUUCAGUGAGCUUCCACCCCCAAUAUCGGUCUCAUGAAAUGCGAGUGAGACUAAGUGAUGGAGAACCUGAUAAACCAUUGAUAGUCCAUGUUGGACGAAUUGGAGUUGAGAAGAGUUUGGAUUUCCUCAAAAGGGUCAUGGAUAGACUUCCAGGUGCUCGGAUAGCUUUUAUUGGAGAUGGGCCAUACAGGGAGGAGUUGGAGAAAAUGUUUCAGGGCAUGCCUGCCGUGUUCACAGGUACAUUACUAGGGGAGGAGCUUUCCCAAGCAUAUGCCAGUGGAGAUGUUUUUCUUAUGCCUUCAGAGUCAGAGACAUUGGGGCUCGUCGUUUUGGAGGCCAUGUCGUCAGGACUUCCUGUAGUGGCUGCCCGUGCCGGGGGAGUUCCAGACAUCAUCCCUGAUGAUCAGCAGGGCAAGAUUGGAUACCUGUUUACUCCUGGGGACCUAGACGACUGCAUGAGCAAAUUAGUGCCUCUUUUGCGCGAUACUGAAUUGAGAGAAACCAUGGGAAAAGCUGCACGCGUAGAAAUGGAGAAAUAUGACUGGAAGGCUGCAACAAGAACAAUUCGUAACGAACAGUACAGUGCAGCCAUUUGGUUCUGGAGGAAGCAAAAAGCACAAUUCCUGAGACCAUUUCAAUGGUUGUUUCAGUGUAUAUUCGCAGCUCCAGAAGUCGAGUAUAGGUAAUAGAUCCUUUCCUCUGAAAGCAUAGAGAGCUUGUUUUUUAUGCUUUUUGUAAGGUGUAUCCUUCAUAGAUUUGCAUCAAGAUGUGUUUGCAGAAUAUUGACCUGAAAAUGUGUUAUGAUAUUUUGUUGUCAAUUUGAUUGUACAAUGUAGACUUCAAAACUUAGUCUGUUGUGCUGUUAUGUAUUUAAAUUGAACUCAUGUACAUGUAAGUAUUUAUUUGAAUUUAGUGAGCUGCAUAUUCUACUCUCAAAAUGAAUCAAAUCAUGUAUUGAUU